AUGAUCUUCAGGCACAAGCGCAAGCCCACGGCUCAAGAGGCAGAGUCACAAUCCACCUACUCCUCCUCGCCCGACACAUCCUCCUCUUCUUCCUCCUCAGCAGCCCGCUCGACCCUCUCACGCCGCCUCUCCCUCUCUCACACCCUUUCCUCCCUGCGGCCCCGACCCCCCGAUCCCGACGCCCCGCCCGUCAUCAAACCACCGGGCCGCGGCAUCGGCGCCCACGUCCACAAGAUCACGACCACAGCCGGCAUCCCCUUCAACAAGGCCGCCCACCUCGUCGGCGCCGAGGGCUGGUUCCCGCAGACCAUGCCUCGGGAGUGCGCCAAGGCCGCCCGCAUCCUCCGCUCCUUCACCGACCAGCCCCUCGGCGACACGGAGCCGGCCCCGUCCCACGCCCGCGGCGAGCCCUUCCACCCCCUUGGCGUCACCCGCCGGUCCAUCGUCACGAUCCCGUACCCGGUCCUCGCCCACUGCGCCGGCCUCGCCAUCUUCAACACCCUCCGCGCGGGCGCCUACAUGGGCUCCCUCGCCGCCGGAUCCGGCCUCGUCGUCGCCCGCCGCCCAGACGGCACCUGGUCGCCGCCCUCGUCUUUCGUCGUCUCCACGCUCGGCGCGGGUUUCAUGUUCGGCCUCGACAUCUACGACUGCGUCCUGGUCCUUAACACGCCCGCCCAGGUCGCCGCCUUCACCCACCCGCGCAUCUCCCUUGGCGCCGAGACCUCGGUGGCCAUCGGCCCCGUCGGCACGGGCGGCGCCGUCGAGGCCGCCGUUUCGAGGACCUCGCGGUCCAUGUACAGCUACAUGAAGUCCCGCGGGUUGUGGGCAGGCGUUCAGGUCGACGGCACUAUCAUCCUCGCGAGGCAGGACUGCAACAGCGUGGCGUACAACGAACGCGGCAUCUCGGCCCGGAAGAUCCUGCAGACGCAGGCUGAAUGGCCCGAGGGCUCGAUGCCGCUGUGGCAGACGCUGAUCGCGCUCGAGGGGCGGUAUGCGAUGGACCCGGACAUUGCAAGGGAGCUGGCGAUGAUGGGGCCGCCGGGGGAUUUCACGCCGCCGAUGGAGGAGGACGAGGAAGAGGAGCCUGCGCCGGCCUACACGCCUCGGGCCGCACCGCAAUUCCGGUCUACUUACGGCGGCGAGGAGGGCGUCAUGAAUGCGAAUCAAAAUGGCGUGGAGCCGAGUGCCGAACAAAAGGAGAUGAUGCUCCGCCGGGGGGCUUAG